CUCUUGAAUAAUAUAACAAUUCUUUGAUAAAACCCCCCGUCAAUACUUCCUGUCGAUUUCUGAUGAAACGAUUCUAUUGAGAGUUUUCUUCAAAAAAAAGUGUUUUCGUAGAAAUGUGAAUUUUUUUUUGUUUUGAGGAAUUAGCUACAUCAUCGUCUUUAAAAGCCCGACAACAGCAUGGAUGGUAGACAGGUCAGGUGACAAACGACAAAGACAAGUUCUGACAGAUCUUAAAUCAUUUCCGCUUAGCGCAGACAAUAUUACAGAAGGUAUACUAGAAAGGAGUCAUGAAAUUUCUUAUAUUAAGCUGUGUUUUCCUUCUUUCACUGUUCUCAAGCCCAGCUGCACGGCCACAUAAUGAUCCUGCUACCAAAUGUGAACCAUCGAGAUGCAAACUACCAGAUUGCCGUUGCUCCGGCACAGACAUUCCUGGCAAUUUAAAUGCAUCCAAUAUCCCACAAAUCGUUAUGGUGACGUUUGACGACGCAGUAAAUGAACAGAACUUUAACUUCUACUUGAAAUUAUUCAAUGGAAAAACAAAUCCCAACGGCUGCAACAUUUCAGGAACCUUUUUCGUCUCUCACGAGUACACAAACUAUGUGAUGGUGAAUUUGCUUUAUCACCAAGGUCACAGCAUGGCUGACCACAGCAUAACACACCGAACGCCAAUUUCAUGGUGGAAAAACGCCAACUAUUCGCAAUGGACUUCUGAGAUUGUCGGACAGAGAACAAUCCUCAAUAAAGUGGGCUUUGUCGCUGUUGACCAUGUUAAGGGCGUCCGUGCCCCGUUCUUACAAAUAGGAGGAGAUAACGAAUUCAAAAUGUUGUAUGAUAACAAGUUUUUGUUUGAAUCAUCAAUGCCAACGAUACAGAGAAAUCCUCCAUUGUGGCCAUACACUUUUGAUUAUCGUUCAACACAGGAGUGUACUAUUCCACCUUGUCCUCAAGAUUCGUAUCCAGGUGUUUGGGAGAUCCCGAUGAUCGACUGGCGUGAUAAGACGGGAGCACUUUGCAAUAUGGUCGACGCAUGCGCGCCUCCAGCCAACGCAGAAGAAGCAAUGGCUUUGUUCGUGAACAAUUUUAACAAUCAUUAUUAUGCAAACCGAGCUCCGUUUCCCAUGUUUUUUCACUCAGAAUGGUUUAGCAAAUAUCCUUAUACUUUGACGGCCUUGAACGAAUUUUUCGAGAAGAUUUUAAAAUUGCACGAUGUGUGGAUUGUAAGUAUACCAAAAGCAAUCGACUGGAUUCGUCAACCGACGACAAAUGACAAAAUUGCCAAAUUUACACCUUGGAUGUGUAAUACUCCACCGCCACCGUUACAGUGCAACGCAUCCACUCAGACCGUGUGUGGCUACGAUGGUAACAGAAGACUGGUACCGAGAGGUCAACCCGCAGUGCAUUACUUGUUUUCAUGUUUGAGGGAAUGUCUGAAGUGUUAUCCGUGGGUGAAUGAUCCCAUGGGGGUAUUGUGUUGAUGAGGAGUGUUAAAGGAUUGACCACAAGUAGCAAUCAGAUAUACAAUAUUGUUAUUACGUGAAUAUAAUAAUUAUUUUUUCUUAUGAACAAACUGUAGUCAUGAAUAUUGAUAAUUUGAUUCAAAUAAAUAUAACUUAGCCAUAA